AUGGUCAUGGACCAUUGUCUUGACGAACAUGCCCGACCGUCCAGUCAGCCAUUCAGUUCGACGUUUUACGUGAUGAAGCUGGAAUGGUGCGUCUUUGCGAUCCUUCGGCCUUGCGUGGUUGCGCGGCAGGCGGCCAGUGAGAUGAGUGGCAUACAGAGCAGCAGCUUACUACCCCUGAAGAGCGACGAGGAGGCACCAUAUCUUGACUACAACCUACAAGGCCGAUGGACCCCUGACAUCGAAAAGAACCAAUGCGACUACGAAUUACCGGAUGACCGCGAUGAUGCCUUCAGCUCCCUAAGCGCUCUAUUUGGGUAUAGAAGAAACUCCUUGCUUGGCUUCGCUAGCUAUGUCAUUUUCUCUAUAAUCUCCUUUAUCUCAGCUGCCUACUAUUUCUGGUCGCUAAUACCUUACGAGCCUUCACAACACAGCCCGGUUUCAAUUGUCGCAAUUACCUAG